UGCAAGUCAGUCAGAAACUCGCCUGUUCCUCAACACGCAGUAAGUUUGCAGACUGAAGAGCAACAGAAGAAGCUCCUCCCUUUCAGCACAUCUGGAACAGUGGAAGAGUGGAGCGGCACAUACCAACAAUUCUGUCUGAUUUGUAUCACUGGAUAAACCAGGAAAAAGUCUUACACUUGGGUUAGCAAGUGUAAGACUUGUUAGCAAGUCUGGAAGACUACAAGUGCAAUUCUUUCACCUAACUUUGGACUGCUGGUUUCCUGAACACACCCCAGUGUUGCACUGACGCUACUCCGUUCAGGGAGUCAAACUUCAACCUGUCCAUCAUCACUGACUGACAACACCUACGAACUUCAGGAUGCCAUUAGGAGGAGGGAACAAGUGUGGCCGCUGUCUGAAGACAGUUUACUUCGCAGAAGAGGUACUCUGUGACGGGCGGAGCUUCCACAAGUCCUGCUUCCUAUGCAUGGUGUGUGGGAAGAACUUGGACAGCACAACUGUUGCCGUUCAUAUGGAUGAAAUUUACUGCAAGGCGUGCUACGGCAAGAAGUAUGGACCAAAAGGCUACGGUUAUGGGCAGGGAGCAGGAACCCUCAGCAUGGACAAGGGAGAGUCUCUGGGUAUUACACAAGAAGAACCUGCUCCUCAUCGUCCUACUAGUAACCCAAACCCAUCCAAGCUGGCUCAGAAGUUUGGAGGAUCAGACAAGUGCCCUCGCUGUGGCAAGGCUGUCUACGCUGCUGAGAAAGUGAUUGGAGCUGGGAGUGCAUGGCAUAAGUCUGGAUGUUUCACCUGUGCAACAUGUAAGAAGAGCCUUGAGUCAACCACACUAGCUGACAAGGAUGGAGAAAUCUACUGCAAAAGCUGUUACGGCAAAAACUUUGGUCCCAAGGGAUUUGGGUACGGACUUGGAGCCGGGGCGCUGGCGCACACUCAGUAGAGACCACCGGGGCUUCGUUGACAGGUUUCCUGAAUGCUGAAUACUCUGCUCAUCCUGCAGGGGGCAGACUGCUGCCAGUAAAACAUGCACCUGACACACAAACAUGCUAGAUAAAAAGCCUGCAUUAUAAUAAAUUGUACACUUAAAGAUAAAGAUAACACACUCUUAGUCUCAUGUAGGCCAAAUGUGUUUUACUAGUGCUAGUUGCAGCAAAUCUUGACACAUAACCAACAUGUAAUACUAAAACAAAAAAAAAGAGCUAUCUGUUCAACACGGCAUUUUUUCAUUCAUUCUUCAUAUUGUGAGGCAAUAGCAAUAGUCAGUGUAAUAGAGCAAGUGCUGCUUGAUUGUAUGUUAUAUGCUUUCCAAACAGUAUGAUAAUGAAUAAAAUGGAAAGAUCAUGA